AUGGACGCCAAAACAGCAGAGGCGACUACCGUCGUCGACCACGACCAUGUCGAAAAACUCGCUAUUGCGGACGAAGCCGUUACGAAGGCAACUGAGAACCAAGACCUGACCCCCAAGCAGCAAUACCAGCGUCUUUGGACAAACCUCAAGCAAGACAAGCGUUAUGUCUUCUGGGCACUCUACAUCAUGUCCCUCGUCUUCGGAUGGGGUUACGACUCUGGACUUUCAGGAGCUGCCAUUGCCUUUCCCGAGUUUCGCAAGGCUUACGGAGACUACUACCAAGUCGGAGACCAAUAUGUCAUCCCCGCCCUCUGGCAAUCUCUUUGGAACGCUGCCAGCACCAUCGGUCAGGUCUUCGGUGCCUUCCUCACCGGUCAAUUCGCCGACACCGUUGGCCGCAGAGCCGUUCUCUGGACAGCCGUCAUUCUCUCCCUUUCUUCUUCAUUUGCCCUGGUCUUCGCUCCAAGCCUGCCCGUACUCUUCGUCUCCAAGCUGCUGCUCGGUUUCUCAGUCGGCUUGUCAACCGUUACGCCUCCGCUCUACGUUACUGAAAAUGCUCCUCCUGCACUUCGAAGCUCCCUCAGCUCGCUGACUAACGUCAUCAUUGUUCUCGGUUUCUUCCUGUCUUCCAUCACAGCAUGGGGAUCCUCCAAGAUUGAAGGCCAAUGGAGCUACCGCCUGGCGUUCGCCAUGACUUUCCUUGUCCCGACCCUCUUCAUGAUUGUCCUGCCGUGGCUCCCCGAGUCUCCCGUGUGGUACGUCAAGAAGGGCAGAGACGAAGAUGCCCGAAAGGCCAUCUUCAAGCUCUACGGAAAGAAUAUCGAUGUUGAGGAGAGACUCAACUUCAUCAAGUCCGAGCUCGAGCUUGCUGCUGGAGAAGCCAACAUGGCUAAGCAGACCAGCUGGAGAGCCAUCUUUUCCAAGGAGCACCGUUUCCGUACGCUUGUUGCGGUUCUUGGAUUACAGUCGCAGAACUUCUCUGGUGGAUACUUUGCAAACACCUACCAGACCUACUACUUCGAGCUUAUCGGCCAGGCUGAUCCCUUCGGACUCACUGCGAUCUCCUCCACCCUCCAAUUCCUCUCGAACUGCGUAGCAGUCACAGUCUCCGACGUACUCCCGCGCAGAAAGUCUUUGGUCGGCGGCGGCGCGUUGCUGUGCUGCUGGUCUAUCAUCAUCGGUGGCACAUCUCUCGCUGGAACUGCGAACUACUCGGCAAACAUGGCUCUUCUCGCUUUCAUGAUCACAUGGUCGAUGUUGUACACAGCUACAGUGGGCUGCUUCGGCUGGGCCGUCGCUCAAGAGACUGCCUCUCAAGCCACAAGGCCCAAGACCAUCGCCUUCAGCUUGGUGUGUCAGCAGCUUACAGCCCUUCUCUUGUCCUCGGUGUUCCCAUUCUUCAUCAACCCUGACCAGCUGAACUGGGGUGGAAAGAUCAUGUUUCUGUUUGUCGGCGCCGAGGUGUUCGUCCUUGGACUUCUCUUCUUCUUCCAGCCCGAGACGAAGAACAGAACCUACCAGGAUAUCGAUCACAUGUAUUCCCAGGGGAUUCCGGCAAGGAAGUUUAGCGAAUACGUUGUGGUGGAUGGAGUGGCCGUCAAGAAGGCCACCUCUUGA